AUGUCGCAACCAAACGGAAUCGCCACGCUUUUGAAAGCCGAAAAGGAAGCUCACGAAAUCGUGUCUCAGGCCAGACAAUACCGUCAGGACAAACUCAAGCAAGCCAAGACCGACGCUGCCAAGGAAAUCGACGCUUACAAGCAGAAAAAGGAGCAGGAAUUAAAGGAGUACGAGGCCAAGAACGCCGGUGGUGUGGGAGGACUUGAAAAGGAGGCCGAAGAACAGGUCCAGAGCGAACUAAAGACCCUUGAGCAAACCGGCAAGCAAAAGAAAGACGCCAUUGUGAAGCUUUUGAUCGAUGCAGUGACGACUCCAGUGGCCGAAGUCCACGUCAAUGCCGCAUAA